AUGCAAGAAUUGUUUCGGGAGUAUUUGCCACUUUUUGUGGUUCCAUUAUCCGUCUAUGUUGCAUACAAGUGAGUUUGUUUUUUUUUGAAAAAAAAUAAAACAAGUUGAAUUUUCAGAGCUUUGAACCGUCUCAUUCCUGGUGCUCACAAUUUGCCAAAUGUUGAUUUCAAAAACAAGGUGGUUGUCAUUACUGGUGCUAGUUCGGGUAUUGGAAAAGCAUUGGCUUUCGAGUUGCAAAAACGGGGAGCAAAGGUCAUUUUAUUGGCUAGAAGUGUAAAUAAAUUGAAGGAAAUUUGCGAGGAACUCAAGACUGCUUUUCCACUCAAUCAAAAUGAGCCAAUUUAUUAGUGAGUUUCAUUAGUGAAUUCUUUUAAAAUGUUUCAUGUUUUUUCAGUUAUUUUGAUAUUAACGAGGUUGAAAAUGGUCCAUGGAACUCUAUUCCAAAAAUCGAUAUUCUUGUGAACAAUGCUGGAUUAUCGAUGCGAGGAUCAAUUGAAUCAACUCCAAUCAAUGUUCAUAGGUAUGGUUUGUAUUUGUGUGAUUGCAAAAAAUCGAUAGAAAAUAUAAUAUCAAAUCAAAUUUAUGUAUUAUAUGUGAUUCAUAUUAUUGCAUAAUAAUUAGAAUUUUAUGGUUUUAAUGUGAAAAAAUAUAUAUAGAGAAUUGAUUGAUUUUUGAAAAAAGAGGGAUUUUUAAGAGCACAUAAUAAUAAUUUUCAUGUUGAUCUAUUUAGAGAUCGGAGCCUUCUCUACAACCCAAUUUUUUUUUCAAAUACACCUUAUGAAUUUAUAAUAACCUUGAUUUUAGACAAGUCAUGGAUACCAACUUCUUCGGCCACGUUGAAGUCACCCGUCUUCUCCUCCCCAAAAUCGAUCCAAAUGGUUGCAUCGUCGCAACAAGCAGUGUUCAAGGAAAAGUUGCAUUGCCAUAUCGUUGUUCUUAUUCAGCAAGCAAACAUGCUAUUCAAGUAGGUUUCAUUGUUUUUCAGAGAAGUACAACUUCUUGAUUUUUUCAGGCGUUUUGCGAUUCAUUGAGAGCUGAAGAAAAAGUUCGCCAUGUGCUUUGUGUUUCUGCAGGAUAUAUCAACACUGGUUUUGGAUCGAGAGCUCUGGAUGCAGAAGGAAAGCCAGUUGGUGUGGAAGAUGAAAAUCAAAAGAAGGUGAGAACAUUGAUUUUUAUUUUUUCACACUUCGAAAUAGAAAUGUUUUCCAAUAAAAAGAGUAGGAAACUUUUAGAAAAACCCAUCUCAUAAAUAUAUCCUGGAAUAUUAUUAGUAUUAAAAUUUCAAGAAAAAUAGUUUAAAGCCUUUGCAAUUCUUUUAAAUUUCUGAAGUUGCUGAAAUUGUAUACUUUCUAGAAAAUAUUUUUAAUUUGUUUGAUACUAGAUAGAUCAUUUCAGAAAUGAUACCUCAAAUUUUGAAUCACAUUAG